UAGGUUUCUGGGUUUCAAUAUGGCGGCGCCACACGGGAUGAGAGCAGUUUGGAAUUUCUCAUCGGUUAGAGUAAACCCAAUCAUCUCAACUCUUUUGGCGCCAGUGACAAGAUUGAGACAGGCUUGUUCUAUUCAUAGUUCUGCCCUUUGCAGUCAGUUGUCGGAUAAUAAUCAGUUUCCGUCAGAAAACCGUCCUCCUGUUGAAGAAAGUGAUGUAGUUAAACCAAGUGAUGGUGAUGCUUUUGACAUUCCUAGAGUGGAGAAAAUUCUGGAGCAUCCAGAUUUCUUUGAAGUACACAAACUCUUCACAUUGAGAGAUCUAUUCAAUGCCAAUGUACAUCUUGGCCAUUUUGAAGGCUGUUGGGAUCCACUAAUGAAGCCUUACCUCUAUGGCAUAAGAGAACAUCAUCAUAUCAUUGAUCUCAACCAGACGGCAGUGCAUUUGAGGCUGGCUUUGAACGUCCUUGCACACAUUGCUUACAGAGGAGGAAUAAUCUUAUUUGUUUCAACACAUCCACAGUUUGAGGAAUUGACACAGCGAACUGCAAGAGACUGUGGAGAGUACUUCAUCACUAGGAAAUGGCGAGCAGGAACUUUGACUAAUUCUUACAUGUUACUGGGAACAACCAAACUCGUUGAUCUGAUUGUAUUUUUGCAUUUGCCAUCACUUGGAACAAAAACACAGCCAGUGACAGAAGCGGCAAUGGCAAAUAUUCCAACUAUUGGUGUAGUGGAUAGUGACUGUAAUCCUAACCUAAUUAUGUAUCCAAUCCCUGGAAAUGAUGACUCACCAUCUGCUGUUGAAUUCUACUGUGACUUGUUUAAGAAAGUAGUGUUAAAGGCAAAAGAAGUGAGGAAAGCCAAGGAGGAAGGUAAUGAGGAAUUGGGUGAAAUACAGUUGCAAGAAGAAAUUGAAAACCAGGACGAGGAGACUGAAUCAAAUCUCUGAUGCAUGUUGCUUCUUCUGAAAUGAAAUGAACCAACUGCAAAGACAGUGUAGUUACUUUUGUAAGAAUCAAGUACAGUUAUUUUAUCGCUAUAUAAAGGUUUGUCCAACGCAUAGAAACUUUCAAUGUUGUGUAAUAAAAGGGUUAUCAUGUUGCAGUACCUUAAAGGUACAUGACAGAUAUUUUGUUAUUUACUUGAUGGAAUCUACUUGAGAUCAUGGUAUGGAAAUUGAAACCAAAAAUGGCUGUUUUUCUUCACAUUCUUUAGCCAUUUGGAAACAUGAAAUUUCAAAUUUCAUUGGGUCAGAAUCUACGGGAGGUUGGGACCUGGGACUAGUCAAACUAUGAUGUCAAAUCGGCUGUCAAAACAAGAAUGUAAGGUCUCUGUAACUAAUAUGUAUUUUUUUACAAUUUUGAAUCAAAAAUUGGAACUACACAAGAGUCUAAUUCAUGGUAUAUUUCACUAAAUGUUUUUUGUGUCUAUUUGUUUCAUUUGAAAAAUAUGUUCACUAACAUUCUUGUUUUGAGGUCAUUGCCUGACUAGUCCCAGGCGUCCACCUCACACGUCAAACCCACAGCACUUCUUCAGGAGAGUCCAACACUAACCAUGAGCACCAAAUCUCCCUUGUCAGUAGCAACAUUAAGUGGCAAGGAAAAACCAUGGUUACUAUCAUAUUUUGACCAAGUGCAAAUACUACACAACUUAAACACACAUUCGCCCUAUGUAUCACUCUCUAAAAGUUAUGAUGGUCAACUCCAUCACUUCCCAACACAAGAAUUUUCACUAUUCGAUAUCUUCAAAAGUGCUUCUCUCAGCCAAGUGAGUAAGAAGCCAAGUGGCCCUAUUUCCUUCCAAUGUAAGGAACCCCUCUUUUACUUGAUGUCACUCUUGACCCUUCAGGUCACUCCCAGUCCUCCCAGAUAUCAGUAUUUGCUGCUGAAUUUGACAUUUAUGCUUGGGACAGAGUCUGAUCAAUGUUAAAGAAGAAUUACGAUUAAAUAUCAGAUACUGCUUUGUGAUAGGAUUAAUUCGUUAGAACUGACACCAGAAGGAGCACAAAACAUUUUAACAGUGAUAAGGAGGAUUUCUUAAAACCUUCUCUGACACAGCCCGUUGCAGGUGUUCAGUUCUUCAGGAGAACCGUCAUUGCAAUGCUCCCCAUCUGACAAAAAACCUUGGACAAGCUAUAGCUAACACAUGACAGUAUGUGCUGCAUCACAAACCAAAUUGCUGCCAAUACUAUGACUUAUCCAUGGGGCAAAAAUGAAUCCAAGCCUCUGAUGCCUUCUAGAAGAUCCUCUUAAACUGCAGUGAUAUUCCUCUCUAUUUUACAUGGGUGUCCCUGUCUCUUUCCCACCCCCUCCCACACCAGUGGCAUUGUCUGAACAAACAUGUAGAAACAAACAUUCUUUACGGAUAAUAGAAAGAAGAAGCUUUAUUCCAUCAUCUGAAAGGAUUCCAUUACUGGCACAAGAAUCUGAUAUAAAACAAUUUUCAAAAGUUUAAUAAAUGGUAUUUAUUACAAGCAUAGUCACCAGAACUACUGGUAGUCAUAACUCUGUUAAAUCUAAUAUAUUAAUUUAG